ACAAAACCCUUGCCCCUUCAUGCAGACUUCCUCCAUCAGCUCACACAAGCAACUCGCAUUCUCCUCCUCCUUCCUUUCCCCCACGCAAAGGAACUGACCAUACAACUGAUAAGGUCGGAGUUCAUAUAACCAACAGCCUAGGACAGGAACGCCGCCGAGAACCGAUAACUUAACAAUGGGGUUCCUCCAUCGGAAGACCUCCAAGCAGACGAGCAAGCUCAAGACCCUCCUGGGGCUCGCCGUCUUGCGCAUCGCCACCGCUCGCCGGCCCCACCUCGCUCGCAAAUCCAUUGCCACCGAUGAUGUUCGCCAGCUUCUCACCCUCGACCACCUCGAUCGCGCCAUCCACCGGGCAGAGCAGGUCAUAGCGGAGGACAACAUGUUGGAGGCGUUCGAAAUGAUAGAGAUGUAUUGCAAGCGACUCAUCGAGCAUGCUGCGAAGCUGGACAAGCCUGGGGAGUGCACCGAUGAGAUACGAGAGGCUGCCGCGUCGGUCAUGUUCGCCGCCGGUUGGUGCAGCGAAUUGCCGGAGUUGCUGUUCGCGCGCACCAUCCUUGCGGAUAAGUUUGGCAGCGACUUCACCGAGGCGGCCAAGGACGGCACCGGAAUCGUCGAUCCCAUGUUGGUGUGGAAGUUGUCCAGUGAUGCGAAAAGCAUGGAGCUAAAGAGGAAGGUGACGAAAGAGAUAGCCAUGGAGAACAACAUCAUAGUGGACUUCUCUGAGCUCCAAGAUGCGAUCAAGGAUGAAGAAGACUGAUACCAUCGGGAGCUUGAGCACAACACAUCAUGCUAGAACAACUAUGGGAGCUCAGAGUACUCAAGACGACAACCCUGUUUCUAACUCUGAUGGAUCUUAUUAGUGUAUAUCACAAGUCAGGUGGGGAAGCACCGGUGCUCACAGGAAGCUAUACUUCCUUUGAUACCAGCUCAAAAAUGUAAAAAAAAACUAGGUGCUGUGUGUGCACUCCAAGAUUACCAAGCUGUGAAUAUACAUGUGGAUGUCCACCCGUUUUUUACA